AAAAUAUCGAGCUCCGCCGGCAGUAAAACAAUGCUUUUAGCGGUAGCUAUUCGUAAAUUUUAUUAGUUCGAUUUUUUAACAUUAUAUUAAGUGAUUUAUUCUUGUAUAGUGCUCUUACGUGAUCUAGUGGAUGAUAUCCAGUGCCAGAAAAAAUGCAUUCCCAACGCCAGCAAAACUAUACCGAAAUCUACGAGCUGCUGCGAAAACUAUGCAAAACCUUGGCAGGCGAUCGAUACGGUUCCCUGCUAAAAGGAGCCACCCAGUUGAUAGCCAACACACCGAAUUCAAUAUCCGCCUCCGGUAGCGAUGAAAGUUCUAUCGUGGCCCGAAUUGGUCAACAUCUGACUGCGAGCGGUAGAAGUCAGAGCGAUAGCGCCUUGUUUCGCGGAUUGCACGAACAACUUUGCGCUUAUACUGACAGCAAACGGAGGGCACAGAUUUUGGAAUUCUUUCUGUUGCUGGCGGAUUCCGACGGUGAAGGGCAAACCAAUGGAAGGUUAUUGAAUCUUAACGUAGAUCUGCGCAGUGACAUGAGUAGUGGAAGUGUGCCGAAUAGAGGUGCCGAGAUGAACUUGCGUUCACCGGGGACGGAUCUCGAGAGUAUCUUUUCCCGGAUCGAGCUACGAACACGAUCGACGGACAACGGUGUUAGUGGACUGCGUGUGAUGCCUUUCAAGGGUGGAUCUUCGUCAGUCGUUCCGGAUGGAAGAAGUUCAACUGCAUCCGGAGAGCUAUCGGAGGAAGAGAUUCAGUUAGCCUCGAAUAAUCUGCAGGAUCAGUUGAUUCAGGAUGUGAUUUAUGCAUGCACCGGAAUUCAGGGUAAAUACCUACGAAAGCACGUUGUCACGGGAGAGUUCAAGUUGGAUCAUAUCAAGGGACGAACGUUGAGCAUAAGCGAUGCGGGAAUGGUGCUGCAGUUGGCCGAAGUAGGCCACUUUCACAACAAGGUACUCAAGUUUACCGAUUCAAAGAGCGAUUGCUACAUGAAAGGUAACUUUGGGCAGGGUUACAUUUCGGCCUUGCAACAGGAACUCACGCAGUACUAUGGAAUGUUGGCAAUUUUGCAGGAGGAUUUGAACCGCCAGCGGCGCGAAGGACUCAGUUCGGUGGGCGGAGAACGAUUGACACUGAUGAAAUUGCGUCUUUGGUUGGCGGGACCGAUGGAACGGUUUCAGUGGUUGGCACAGAUAUCCGACUCCUGUAAAGACUUGAAGGGAGGUGCCCUGGCAACCGUGAUUCAUGACUACACUUCGAAUGGCCACCCGGAAAAUCGUAAAUGUGCUCUCGAGCUGCUGAGAGCGGCUUGCGUUCCCCUACAGCAUGCUCUCAUUCGAUGGUUGAUUAACGGAGAGAUUGUCGAUCCGAACUGCGAAUUUUUUAUCGAGGAAAUUUCCGAAGUUGGUUUCGAUCAACUGUGGCACCAGAAGUAUCGAAUCCGGCGAAGCAUGCUGCCAGGAUUCGUAAGCGAUACGAUGGCCAAGAGAAUUCUGGUGAUCGGAAAGAGCAUCAAUUUUCUACGGGAAGUUUGUCAAGAUAAAACUCCCGUGAAAGCAAGGAACGACCUCAAGCAGUGCUUGGAACAUGAUUUGGACUUCUUGUUUUCUCCUGUUAGUACCUCAAAACUGCAUCUGCUGAUAGACAGCGUAUAUUUGAACACAUCGAAGCAGGUGCUGGACAUUGUUCUCGGACCGCACCGGCUGUUGGAUCACUUGCAGGCUUUGCGAAACUAUCUGCUUCUCGGGCAGGGUCACUUCACCGAUUUACUGAUGGAGAAUUUGCACAGCGAGCUGGAUCGACCGGCCAGUGAAAUAUUCCAGCACGAUCUGUUUUCCAUUCUGGCAGCGGCCGUUCGAAUAUCGUCGGCUGAAAAGGAAGAACCAGAAGUGCUGAACUAUCUGGAUGUUCAUUUUCUCACGCACUACGAGGGAGAAUCCGGGUGGGAUGUGUUCGGGUUGACCUACAAAGUGUGCGGCCCUUUGUCGACCAUACUGGAACCGUCUCUUUGCCGGUAUCAGACUUUUUUCAAGCAUCUUUGGAACAUGAAACACGUUGAAUUUAUGCUCUGCCGAACGUGGAAACGUCAGAUGCUGGACGCCAAAUCGCUAAGGCCCCUGCAGAAACACAUCGGCCCGAUCAUUCUACGACUGCAGCUCACCACCUCGCAGAUGAUUAACUUCAUUUGUCAGAUGCAGUACUACAUUCUGUUUGAGGUGAUCGAAUGUUCUUGGGUUCAGUUUUUGCCCCGAGUCAACCAGGCGAAGGCACUGGAUGAUAUUCUUGAAGCGCACCAUCAGUUCUUGGAAGAGAUUCGAAUUGGAAUAUUCCUGGAUGACACUUCACAGCACAUCGUUAACACGCUGGAUCACGUUUUUCACACCGUACGCAAGCUCGAGGGUUGGCAAGAGCGCUUCUAUCGGUUGUGUUUCACCGAACAUGAGGCGAGAAAGACUUUUCAGGAUCAAAUUAAAUCCAGUGAACAGAAAGGCAAGUACGGGAUCACCACGGAGCAGAUGCUGGAACGAGACGAACAGGCGAAAACAUUCGAACAGCAUCUGUCCACGCACCAGACGCUGCUGCAGGAGAUUGGAAACGAGUACGAGAACUUCGUCGGACAGUUUCUCUAUCAGCUAGCGAUUUCGACUAGCGAAACGCUUCGUCAGCUCGGUAUGCGGUUGGAUUAUAACGAAUGCUACAAACAUCGCGAUCGGAGAUUGAGCGUUCCGCUUACCUUCCAACACAUGCGGAUGAGUAUGGCGGCCAACAGUUUCCGUUCGAAAAAGGUUGCCUCCAGCUCGAUGCUCUACUGACAGCCGCAGGUCGAUACUCGAAGGGAUCGAACAGUUGACCGCUGUCAAACCGGACCGAUCAAGACGGUGCACGCAUGGAAGGUACUUGCACUGAGCUCUCGAACCAUUAACUACUACAACUGUUGCAAUCUAAUGUGAAAGGACGGUUUUAAGGGAAAUGUUGCCAACUUCGUUUCGAAGAACACAAAAUCGGUAGCGAUAAUCGAUAGGAUAGUUUGUUACAAUGUUACAAUAAAUCAACGUUUAUAAACUAACUGUAUAUUUAACCAUUCGAA